CGCGAAUUAGUUAUUUUCGAUCAUGAUUAGGUUUUGGAGUUAUGUUUAUACAUUUUAAUGGAUUCAAAUUUUUAAAAUGUCAUAUUUUUUGCCGAAGCUUCAAUUUAUACAGUAGAUAUAUGGAUGUCCUUGUAACACUAUUUGUAAAGUUGAGGUUGAAAAUGCGCUGAAAAAAGUUUUGCGAAAUGGAACCUAGAAAUAGUCAGUAUGUUCUCUCCAAGCUCACCAACCUUCUCUCUAGCAAUGAGAAUGAGAAUGUAUUUAGACAGUACUGGAUGCCUGAUGAUAUUACUGUGGAGUGUUAUGAUUGUACGUCAAAAUUCACUUCGUUUCGGCGGCGACACCAUUGUAGGGUUUGUGGACAGGUAUUCUGCAGCAAGUGCUGUAACAGUUACAUUUCUGGUAAACAGAUUGGUUACAACGGAAACCUUAGGGUUUGUACUUUCUGUUAUGGGUUCUACCAAAACUUUGUGGAACAGGGACGAGUGCCUGCUGCGGAUGGUACCCUGAGCGUGGCGUAUCAUGGAAACCGAAGACGAUCAAUUGACGAUGUUGCUGCUCAGCUGUCACACUCCCCUAACUUUGGAAAAUCUACGAGAAAGGUUAGUGCGUCUGUUGACCUGUACGGUAGUACAGGGGUGGAUUCAGCUACUCUAGACGUUGUUAAGGAAACAAAUGAAACAGUUAUUCUCAAGGAUCCUGCUGCCCUUGCUCGACUCCUGGCUCGUAUUCUUGAACCUGAUGGAGGUCUUCAUCUAGAGACUCAUAGAUACUACUUCAGAUCUUAUCAGGAUACGUUUCAAGGAUGCAAGCUUGUGGAUUGGUUGAUAGACCAGGAUAAUCACACUUCCAGGUCCCAGGCUGUAGCUAUUGGUCAGGCUUUGUUAACUGCAGGGUUCCUGACUGCUGUUUCUAAUCAGCCUAUAUUUGUGGAUGGUACUGAACUAUAUCAGCCGUGUGACAGGACGGUUAUACCUGGAGACACUCCAGAUUCCGAGACUCCGGAACAGGAUAUGGAGGAACCACUCUGGCUAAGGGAGGUGGUGGCUUCUCCUUUCCAGAUUGAGAAAAGAACCUCCAACUCGAGCUCACAGAGUAAGAUGGAGAAUCGACAUCGAAGCGGCGGAAAUCAUUCAUUGAAGGAUUUUAAACCAAACCAGGGAUUACAGGUUGAUAUUUGUAACCUCAGAGAGAACUUUGCAGAACACGGAACUCUAGAUACAGAUACACUUGAUCUAGAUACAAGAUACAGGGAGCAUGAAGAGGUUUACCUGGACCGUGUAUCUGCCGGAUACAAUCUUACUCCAGCCUGGAGAUCCAUCCUUCAAGAUCUAGCAGAUGAGACAAUAAGAACAGUUACUCCAGAUCUGAGAAAGAAUUCUGAUGAUAUGGAUAUUAGAUGCUAUGUUAAGGUCAAGUGUGUAGCAGGAGGAAACAGGAAGCACAGUAGACUGAUUCCAGGGGAAGUUUGUAGUUUAAAACUAACCCAUCGAAAAAUGGCUACUCAGUUGGAUAAACCAAGGAUUGCUCUGGUGGCCAAUAGUAUUGUGUAUCAGAGAGAUGAGAACAGGAUGAUGGCCUUAGAUACACUAACACUUCAGGAGGAAGAGUAUAUAAAGAACAUGACCAUGAAGCUCCUCCAGUCCAAACCCAAUAUAGUCCUCGUGGAAAAAACAGCCUCAAGGCUGGCUCAGGAUAUUUUUCUCAGAGAAGGGGUCAGUUUAGCUCUUAAUGUUAAAUUCAGGGUACUUGAGAGACUAGAACGUUUGACCGGCGGGAAGAUUAUCACUUCUAUUGACUCUAUGAUGACCGCACCGGUCAUGGGAACCUGCCAAUCAUUCUACGUAGAAAAUCCGCCAGAGGAACAAGAAAGGCGAAGCUUACUUGUAUUUGAUGGUUGUUCCCCUGAACUAGGCGGAACUAUUAUACUCCAGGGGGAAAAUCGGUCAAUUUUAGUCAAACUCAAGGCAAUCCUGAAGCGACUGCUGCUGUUGAAGUACAACUGGAAGUAUGAGAGAAGUUUUAUCCUGAACGAGUAUGGUUGGAUUAGCAGCAAGAUCAAGGAGAAGGUUGAGGAGGAGGAGGAUAAGUUCGCUAUAUCCAUCUCCCCCUUCAUCAAGGUGGAGACCAGGAGCCUGGAGGGGAUGGUCCCGGAGGUUUUGGAGGGAAUGGAUGUUCUUGAAGAAAUGGAGGACGAGGAAAGUGUCUUCAAGACUUCAGAUAAAGACCUUGAGAAAACAAUGGAGAUUCAUCCCUGGUGUAAAGGGUUCAUACAAGAGAAGCUGAACCAGUCCGCGGAUACACCCGGAGUCCAGAACUCUGUAGCUCUGUUCCGAGCCGCGGGUUGGAGAACAGGAACCAUCCAGAAGACUGCUCCUACUCCAGUCCGGGCUAAGCGGGCUAUUCAACUACCAGAUGAUCACUGUGAAAACCUUCCUGUUCUUUUCUCUAGCUUUUCAAGUAAAUCAUGUCAUGUGUAUCCUAAUUUCUGUGUUGUUCCCUGGGUAGUGGAUAUGGGAAUGUACGGGAACUAUGAUAUUUCUCUUGGUGGAUUUCUAGAACUGUUCUGUUUCAAUAAGGACUACCAUUGUCCUAAUAAACAGUGUAAUACACCGAUACUGACCCAUACGCGUAGAUUCUGCCAUGGCGGUGGUUCUAUUUCUGUACACAUGCAGGAGCUGGAGGCUCCCAUAAUGGGAGAAGAGGUAGACAAGCUGAUGAUGUGGAAGUACUGCACGGAGUGUGAGCUCAUCACACCCAUAGUUCCUGUCACAGUGGACACCUGGUCUCUCUCCUUCGCCAUGUUCCUGCACAUCAUAUUCCACGAGAACCAGCUGACAAGGAGGGGGUCAGACAGACCUGAUGCUAAAUGUAGCCAUUCUCUGCACCAGGAGCAUUUAACCUGCUUCGGUAAAAUGGACGCUGUCACCACAUUCAAGUACUCUAAACUUCCGAUGCUGAAACUAGUUCCACCCUGUACAACUCCAGAACUGCCGGAUAUUAAAGUUCUUCAACAGACCGAAAUGCUGGAGAAAAUGAAAGUACUAAAGAAGCAUGGGAGCAGUAUAUACAGUGAUGUACUUGAAACACUUCAUGAGAUCAAGGGUGAGAAUGCUGAUAUAAAAAGGCUGUUGGGCCAGCAGGAGGACGACUUUAAGGAGUACAGGGCCAGGGUGGAAAAACUAGAAGAGCAGAUAUGCUCAGGGACGGAUCAAGGAAUUGAUAUGCUCCAGAUUUUGGAGAUAUUAACCCGUGAUGUGAUAAUGGCUCAGCAGCAGUGGAACAAACGAUUGUUGAGCCUUAAUGGCUCAGCACCGAGAAAAAAGAAUGCGAGUAGUCUUCCGGCUUCUGUAGAAUCUUCCGACCCACAGCAAAUCAAGAAAACGGAUAAUGAUACUGUGAAGAAGUUUAUUUCAACAAUAAUGCCGCAUGAGAAGGAAGAUCUGAUCACUAGUCCGUUUCCUCCAGGUCACCAUCUCAUCAUAACCCUCUCCGGGUCCCAUUUAGACCCACCUUCUCCCAUCCUGGUGGCGGAGACGGAACCUUCUUCCAUUAUCUAUUAUCUUCUCAACACAGAUGCAUAUCAACAUUUUCUAGCAGAUGAGAAUGAGAGUAAUCAGCAUCUUGAACUUCAGUUCAGCAGUGAUACUGCUCAAUUCUACAGCUGUAGCUACUUUACAAAGGAAUUUCAUCUUCUCAGGAAUGAGAUAUUCCCAGGCCGAGGAGCUGAAUUCCUUGCUUCCCUCUCAACCUGUAGACGAUGGGAGGCUAUGGGAGGAAAAUCUGGACUGUUAUUCUUCAAAACUAGAGAUGAUCGGUUUAUCUUAAAGCAAAUGUCAAGAUUUGAGUUUCAAUCAUUCACCGAGUUUGCUCCUCAUUACUUCAAAUACAUAAAACAAUGCAAAGAUUCUGGAACUAAGACCCUACUGGGUAAGAUUGUCGGAGUCUACAAGGUGGGGUACAAGAGUGUGACCGGGACCGGGAUGAAGAUGGAUCUCCUGAUCAUUGAGAACCUUUUCUACAAGAAGGAGGUGGAUAAAAGCUACGAUCUUAAGGGCUCUGUUAGGAAUCGUUUAACAGUUACUGAGGGUAAAACAGAUGCUGUUCUGCUUGAUGAAAACCUAGUCAGGGGAUCAUGUGAAGCUCCUCUUUAUAUCAAUUCCUGUGAUAAAAACUUACUGGUUGAGGCAAUAAAACGUGAUACUGCAUUCCUAGCAAUACAUCAGAUGAUGGACUAUAGUCUUCUAGCUGGUAUAUGUAGUGGAACUGGAGAACUAGUGGUCGGGAUUAUAGAUUAUAUUCGAACCUUCACCUGGGACAAGAAGCUGGAAACGUUGGUGAAAUCUGUGAAAUCCAGCGGAGUGUUUGGAGGCCCGGCCAAAACUCCAACAGUUAUAAAUCCUGAGUUUUACAGGAAACGGUUUACAGAAGCCAUGGAUAGCUACUUUCUUAUAGUUCCAGACUAGAGCUACACAGAGCUAUGGAUAGCUACUUUCUUAUCGUUCCAGACUAGAACUUUUAAUUUCAGAGGUUUUUUCAGAGUCUGCACCUAUAAUUUUUAAACCCCUCUUGAUCCUCAAUAUUUUGAAAAACUGUUUUCAUGAUAAAUGAUUUUGAUAAUGAUUGA